AGUGGUGACUUCUGUAUUGAUCUUUAUUUUUGGGGGUUUUUUUUUUAGCUUUAUUGGAAGGAGGAAAAAUGAAGAGAGAACAUCAAGAGAGUAGCGGCGGUAGUACUGGUCCUGGUGGUGGAGCUUAUUCAAUGGGGGCUGGGAGGGAUAUGGGGAAGACGAAGAUGUGGGACGAGCCACAGCAGCAAGAUGCAGGAGUGGAUGAGCUUCUAGCUGUUUUGGGUUACAAGGUGAAGUCAUCAGACAUGGCGGAAGUAGCUCAGAAGCUUGAGCAGCUGGAGAUGGUAAUCGGCGGUGCUCAGGAAGAUGGUAUCUCACAUCUGUCUUCUGAUACUGUUCAUUACAACCCCUCUGAUCUUAACACAUGGCUCGAAAGUAUGCUCUCUGAACUCAACGCUCCACCCAAUUUCGAUCCAAACCUUGCUCAGCCGUCUUUGCCCCAACCCAUUGAUGAUCCUCUCCUUGCUCCCGCUGAGUCUUCCACCAUCACCACUGUUGAUUUCCCCAAUUCCACGCAGCAACAUCGACACCAACAUCAACCUCAGUCUCGAAUCUAUGAUGACUCUUCGGAUUACGAUCUCAGAGCAAUCCCUGGAGGGGCCAUUUACGCACAGACGGAAGCAUCCUCGGCUCCCAGAGAGAACAAACGGAUGAAACCUACUUCCACCACAUCAACUUCCUCUGCGUCCGCAACUGCAUCUUCAUCGUCUGCUGCUGCUCCUCCUCCCCUUCCUGCUGCCCCCAUAGGAGGAGGGGUUGGGGUUACGACGACCGAGUCGGCUGGGCCGGUUGUACUAAUGGCCUCUCAGGAGAACGGAAUCCGACUGGUCCACACCUUGAUGGCGUGCGCAGAUGCGGUUCAACAAAAAAAUUUCAAGCUCGCUGAGACACUGGUUCAACAGAUAGGGUUGCUGGCUCGUUCCCAGGCAGGCGCCAUGAGAAAGGUAGCCACAUACUUCGCAGAAGCCCUCGCUCGUCGAAUUUACCGAUUGUAUCUACAGGAAAGCUUGGAAUCAUCCAUCUCAGACACUCUUGAGAUGCACUUCUACGAAACCUGCCCCUAUUUGAAAUUCGCCCAUUUCACCGCCAACCAAGCUAUCCUGGAGGCCUUCGCCGGGAAAAGCCGAGUUCACGUCAUCGAUUUCAGCAUGAAACAAGGGAUGCAGUGGCCGGCUCUGAUGCAGGCGCUGGCACUCCGACCAGGCGGUCCACCUACGUUUCGGUUGACCGGAAUCGGCCCACCUCAGCCGGAUAACAACGACGCGUUGCAGCAAGUAGGGUGGAAACUGGCGCAACUGGCUGACACCAUUCAUGUCAAAUUCGAGUAUAGAGGGUUCGUAGUGAACAGUUUGGCAGACCUGGACCCGGCGGUUUUGGACCUGAGGCCGAGCGAGGUGGAGGCGGUGGCGGUGAAUUCAGUUUUCGAGCUUCACAGAUUACUGGGAAGGCCGGGGUCGAUGGAGAAGGUGUUGACGUCGAUUAGGGAGAUGAAGCCUCGGAUCGUGACGAUCGUUGAGCAAGAGGCGAACCACAACGGACCGGUGUUCAUGGACCGGUUCACGGAGGCGCUUCAUUACUACUCCACCUUGUUUGACUCAUUGGAAGGGUGUGGGAUAUCGCCGCCAAACACACAGGAUCUCUUGAUGUCGGAAAUGUAUUUGGGGCGGCAGAUCUGCAACGUGGUAGCCUGCGAGGGGCCGGAUCGGGUGGAGCGUCACGAGACUUUGACUCAGUGGCGGACUAGGAUGGGAUCGGCCGGGUUCUCUCCGGUUCAUCUCGGUUCCAACGCGUUCAAGCAGGCCAGUAUGUUGUUAGCUUUGUUUGCCGGUGGGGACGGGUACAGGGUGGAUGAGAACAAUGGAUGUCUCAUGCUAGGUUGGCACACUCGUCCACUCAUAGCCACAUCAGCAUGGCAACUCGACCCUCAAUAAUGAGUUUUUUAUUGGUUGAGUCAUCUCGGAUCCAUCC